CCGGCCCUCGAAGGCUGUAGGGGGUGAGGGAGCGGCCGGGCCGUGCUCCGCCGAGCCUGGUGCCAGUCCCCACUUGCGGGCCUCGCUGAGGUGGUGCCGUCACCCGCCCUCCCCACAGCGCCUCGCUGAGGCCUCCCGAGAGCUCAUCUGCCGAGGGUUGUGUUCCAGACACGAUCAUGGGUGAUCAAAUCCAGUUCAUUGUUGAGAAGCUCAAUCAGGAGCCCUUCAGGAAGAACUACAAUUUAAUCACGUUUGACUCCUUAGGGUCAACGCAGCUGUUGCAGCUGCUCAGUGAUGUGCUGGGAGAGAUUGACCCAAAGCAUGCUGUUGAUAUUAGAGAGGAGCUGCCGGAACAAACAGUUAAAAGGAUGUUGACUCUUCUUGGUAUCCUUAAAUACAAACCUCCAGGAAGUGCAUCAGACUUGAGUGCCUUUCGCCAGGGGUUAGUGACUGGAAGCAAACCUGUAAUUCAUCCUCUCCUACACUGGCUUCUUCAGAAGACCAAUGAACUCAAGAAGAGAGCUUACCUGGCACGUUUCUUGGUAAAACUGGAAGUGCCAGCGGAGUUUCUACAUGAUGAUACUGUGGCUGACAUCAACAAACAGUAUGAAGAACUGAUGGAAGCAUUUAAAAGCCUACAUAAGGAGUGCGAGCAGCUCAAAACAUCUGGCUUAUCUACUGCAGAAAUAAGAAGGGACAUUGAUGCAAUGGAAGAGGAGAAAGAUCAACUUGUCAAAAGAGUGGAGCGUCUUAAGAAGAGGGUGGAGACAGUACAAAAUCAUCCACGAAUUCUUGAAAUAGCAAGACAGCUUCGUAUAGAAAAAGAGAGAGAAGAAUCUUUGGCUCAACAGAAGCAGGAACAAAAAAAUCAGUUGUUCCAUGCAGAGCAGAGAUUGCAAAGAGCACAGCUUCAGCUGAAAGAAAUGCUUCAUGCAGUAGUGGAUUCAAAACCUGAAGGUUUAAUGAAGAAACUGGAAGAGGAGAUAAAUUUCAAUACAUACCUGGUUACUGAAAAAUUACCUAGAGAGCUGGAAAGUAAGAAGAAUUCAACAUGUAUCUUACAAAAGGUGGCUGCAGAGCCAGCUAUGAGUCAAUCUGAUCUCAGUGUACUUGAAAGCAAGAUAAAUGAAGUAAAUGCACAAAUGAAUCAGCUUAUUGAGAAAAGAAUGGUGAAGUAUGAGCCAGCUAAUAGCAAAUUGUCCAUGUACCGCCAACAGGCAUCUAUAAUGUCCCGGAAGAAGGAAGCCAAGGCCGAGGAACUUCAGGCUGCUAAGGAAGAGCUGUCCAGUGUUGAAAAGCAGAUGCAGCAGAAGACCAGCCAGGCCCAUGAGUUGGAAGGCUCUGAAGUUCUGAAAGGGGAUGAGUUGAAACAUUAUGUUAAUAAGCUCCGGAGCAAGAACACAUUUUAUAAGAAGAAAAGACUGGAAGUAGCAGAAAUUACAGCUGAGUAUGGUAUCCUCCAGAGGACAGAAGAACUUCUCAAACAGCGCCACGAGGCUAUUCAGCAGCAGUUGCAAGCUAUUGAAGACAAGAAAGGCAUUUCUGGAUAUAGUUACAAGCAGGAGGAGCUGGAAAGAGUAUCGGCAGUAAAAAGUGAAAUAGAUGAAAUGAAAGGCCAGACACUAGAUAACAUGUCUGAAAUGGUUAGAAACCUGAAUAGCAUGGUGUCAGAGAAGAAGGCAAGCCUAGCUCCUGUCAUCAAAGAACUGAGGCAGUUGCGUCAAAAAUGCCAGGAAUUAACUCAAGAAUGUGAUGAGAAGAAAAUGCAAUACAACAGCUGUGCAGCAGGGUUAGAGAGCAAUCGCUCUGCACUGGAACAGGAAGUGAAAGGACUUCUUGAGGAGUGUGUUCAGGAAGAAAGCAACUACCAUUACAUUAACUGCAUGAAAAGGAAUCUAGAAGUACAGCUGCAGCGUGCUAAAGAAGAAAUGAAGGCAUAUGUCUCCUCAGACCCACAGGAGAGGCGAAAGGCCCUUCGGGAACAGUAUACACGAAUGAUCCUGGAACAAGAAAACCUUGGGAAGAAAUUACGAGAGAAGCAGAAAGUUGUCCGUGAAAAUCACGCUGCAAACAUGAAGCAAAUGAAGAUGUGGCAGGAUUUUGAGCAGUUAAUGCUAUGUAAGAAGGAAUGUUUUCUGAAACAACAAAACCAAACAGCCAUUGGUCAAGUCAUCCAGGAAGGGGGUAAAGACAGGCUUGUAUUAUGAACUCCUGAUACUGACAUCAACUGGGAGGACAUUGCAUUGGCUUCUUAAAGGUAAACCCUCAGUAAAUGCUGUUGCUUUCAUCGUUUCUGCAAUUUGCUGUAUGUUGUUUGGGUUUGGUGGAUAAACGAGAGCUGCUCAGCACUCAAGGAAGCUUUUCCUCCACUGUUUAAGAGAGAACAUAAUGUGGUUAGGAAGAUCUGCUGUGAGAGCUGCUCCAGGGUGAACCUCAUUGUAAAUCUUUGGUUUAUGAGGCUGGGAAUGGCAUGCAUCUGCAGAGAGAUCAAAGGAGAAGAAAUCCUUCUCCAGGGUCACAGAACACUUCCCUAAUUGCUCUGCUCCUUACUCUGUAUCACUAAGGUUAUGUUUUUGCAAGGCCUGGGACCUGAUAUUGUGUAACUGUGGACCUCCUGGCUUGGCCUUCUCCUUCCCUAUUGUCUUUAUUCACCUAGUGUGACUGGUGAGAAUGGAGCCCCAUUGGCUCUGAGCUGCCCAGACCUCGCUGGCACACUCCUCAUCAUACUUUCCUUGCACGGCUGAGUUCAGGUGAUUGUGCUUCCAGGAGACAGUUCAUUGCUACAGCGUCAGGAGCAGGCUCUGAGAACAAUUACUUGGAGUCUGAGCUUUUUUCCAUUAUCUUUGGUGGUUGUUUUUGACAAAUGUAUUUCUCUUGCACAUUCACCUUCUGCUUUUUCUGAGUUGUCCUUGUGAAAAUGUGAACGGUGGUUGACUAAAAGCUUUCUCCACUGAGGACAUUUGGAGCUGUUCUGUCAGUGCAGGGUGGUUCCAAAUUGCUUACACCACCCAGAGAGGGUUAUUGGUGGAUGUAAGUUCAGCACACAGGCUCCUGUGUGUGUCAGGGUGUGCAGAGCAGGUACUGAGGGAGGGUUGUGUCCCCCUUGGCUUUCACCUGUGAGCCACAGGCAACUGUCACUGCCCUUCAUGUUGCCUCAUGAGACCCAGAGCUGACCCAGGGUAAGAGGAAUGUGGGUGAGGCUUGAAACUGUCCCUCACGCUUCAGCAUUUCGGGUGAGAGCCUCUCAGCCACAGCCAGAGACUGGAAGCAGAGGCAGAGUGGUAAGUCUGCAGGCCCAGACCUGUGGCUGUUCUUCCCUAGCCUCUUGGCUUAUUGAAUUUCCUGAUAGGUUUGGGUUUGGUUUGUUUGGUGGUUGGGGUUGUUCUUUGUUUUUCCUGCCUGAAGCAGAAUGACUUAUCAGGACCUAAACAACAAUUCUUCUUUCUUUGCUACCCAACUACGAGAUCUGCUGUUUUCUACAUCAAGAAGAGAGGAUGGUGGUUAUGUAGGUCCUGGUUUGGCUUUGCAUUCAAUGUAUUUGUUAACAGAACUAAAAUAAAACCUGAUGACUACA